AUGGAAUCUAAGUACAGGAAAAUAGAAGUUCUAGGCAGUGGUGCUUUCGGAACAGUUUAUAAGGUCUAAAGAAACUCAGAUAAGCUUUAUUAUGCCAUGAAAUAAUUUAACGACCCUGAUAUCAAGCAAAUAAUUCAAGAAAUAAAAGCUCUUUAGGAGAUGGACUUUAAAAACAUCAUUCGGUAUUAUGAUUCAAGUCUGGAUCCACCCUGCAUUGUAAUGGAAUACUGUGAAAAAGGAAGCUUAGAUAAGAGGAUUAAGGAUGCCAAGUAAAAGAAUAAGAAAAUAUCAGAGGAGAAGGCCCUUAAUAUAGUCAAGUAAAUCUUAAAAGGAUUGAGAGAAUGCCAUCGCAGCAAGCUGGUACAUCGAGAUCUCAAGCCUGCUAACAUUCUGAUAAACUCAAAAGAUGUUGUCAAAAUUGGUGAUUUCGGAUUAGCUAAGUUCAUGCAAUAAACUCACCUCAUUAGUUAAUGUGGUACUAUAUUAUAUAUGAGCCCAGAGAUUAUUGAGGGUAAUCAUUAUGAUGGUAAAUCAGACAUUUGGGCAGUGGGCUGCAUCUUGUAUGAGUUGAUAGAAUUAUAACAACCCUUUGCAUUUUCAAAAAGUUUGAUGGAAAUCUAUAAAAAUAUAAUUGCAGCUAACUACUAAUCUCCGAAGAAAUGUAGUUCCAAAACAGGCAAACUUAUUUCUUCAAUGAUUGAGCCAGAUAAAAAUGAAAGAAUAGAUGCUAAAGAAGCGAUCAGAAUGAUAAGAAGAAUAUUAAAGCAUUAAGAUUUAACAGAAGAUCUAAGUGAUUAAGAGUUCAAUUCUCCUAAGCCUAGAUAAAAUUUACCUCCAUAAGAUUUUAAAAUUCGUAAAGUGCAGCCAGUAAAAAUGCAGCAAAACUUUAUUGAUAUUCCAAAGCCAUCAUUUAUUGAUGUAAAAUUUAAAGGAUAGGCUGGUUACACUCUUUAUAGAUAAUAUGGAUAAGUAGAACUGAGAGCGAAACAAAUCGUUAAUAAUUAUAAUGGGCCAACUGGUCCCCUUAAAUUAGAGCUCUGGGCUGUUCCAGUAUAAGCAUUUAAGUCAGAAGAUUGGUACAAGCAAGCAUAUGGCUAUGUCAUUGCAAGGUAUUAAAUUGAUUAAGGCUUGACGGAGGGAGAAAAUUAUAAUGAUAUUAAAAUCAAUGUUAAGUACAUAAAAAGAGGUGAAUAUGGUAAACUCCACGCUUUUAUAAUUAAAUUGUUUUCGUAUUCCUUUUCAAUUGAAUGGAUUUAGUCUGAUGCUAUUGUUUGUGUUGGGUAAUAAGUUCUUUAUAAAGAAAAAUUAGAGAUCUUAGGUAAAUUUAAUUACUAUUUACUUGGUUACCCAAAUAUGAGAUUGACUAUAGAAAAAAUAAAAAAUAAUCAUAGCUAUUAAACAGGAAAAAUUAAUAUUUUUAUAGUUGCUUGCAAAUAUAAUCCUAAUUUUGAAAAGUAGGAUUAUAAAAAUGCUCCAUACGAUACUUUUGCCUCAUGCAAGUUAGGCUAACUUUAGGCAGGACAAUCCUUUUAUGAUAUUGAUUAAGUAAUAUAAUAUCACCCCCCAUGGUCUGGAAAAUAUGUUUUAGUAUUAAAAGUUUUUUAAAGUAAGAAAUCUUCCUCAGAUAGAGUAAGUUUUUCAGAAUCUCAAUAUGUAUGCGAGAAUAUCUUAACAUUCUGA